CAGCACUGGCAGCGACAUUGGCGGCGCGCGGAGCAGGAGCAGCCUGAGCAGCAGCGCGAGGAGGAGCGCGGUUCCGCGCCACCGGACUGGGCGCGCGGCGGCCGCCAGGGCGGUUGGGUCGCGCUCGACGACCUGAGCAGGCGACUCUCGCAGCUGGCUGUGAGCGACAGCGAGAGGGAUGAGGCGUGCUGGCCCGCGCGCGCACGGGGGGCGUGA